GGUAACUUCUUCAAUCUAACUUCUCCAGUUUGUCCUCCACUGCCUGUGUUUUGUUUCAACAGAGUCGUUAGAGUGCAUUUCCGAAGCUUCGGUUGUCGGUACAUAACUAAUAACUGACCGGAGAGCUGAGAUGGACCAUCAUCUGAUAAGCGAAAUAGAAUUGUAUGCAAGCGGAUAGGUUUUUAUAAGAGCGUAUCGAGUACUUGCCAGAAUCCAUGGAAGCAGGAAUUCGACUUACCACACGGAGUAGAUACCGGCAGUAUAGAAAUGAGCACGAGAUUGUGUGCCUCCAAGUGAAGCAUCAAACGAGGACUAAAGAGGUUCAGGGUUGCUCAUCGGGUUUAAGUUAACCUUAGUACAGUUGAAAUAAAAGCAUUAAAGACGCACAAAAGAUGUUGAGACGUAAACCGACUCGUCUGGAACUUAAGAUUGACGACAUCGAAGAGUUCGAGAGCGUCAAGAAAGAACUGGAGGCUCGACGGCGGCAGUCUGAAGAGACAGAGUCGGGAGCUUCAGUCAUCACUGUUGAUGUCAUUCAGCCUGGGACUUCCACAUCAGCGGUGUCUAAGACAGAGUUGGUGAACGAGCGGAUCGGCUACAAACCUCAGCCUAAACCGUCCACGCUGCCCACGCUGUUUGGGAGCUUACAGUUUUGAUUGUGUUUGCUAACCAUGUCAGUCUUUCCUAAUAAAAGUUCAGCAGCGGACACAUGCA